UGUGAUGCAUAUUUGUGCUGGAAAAAUCCGUAUUCCUGGCUACAUCUCUAAAGGUACGUGCUCAAUCAGAACAAAGUCAAAUAAACUCUCAGAAUGUCGUUCUCUGAUCGAGAAUUGCCUUCAAACGGACCCAAAACGUCGCUUAAGGUUACAGCAAAUGUCUUCACAUGAAUGGCUCCUCAAACCACGGACUGAUUUCAUUGGAGGUUUUUCCGAAAUGCAGAAAUUCUGGAGACGCAAAGGAAGAUUGAACUCCUUAGGCACAGCAAGAACAACAGAAAGUGAAAGUUCAGAAGAAUGUUCAUACAGGGCUUCAACCGGACGUAAUGAACCUGAACCUAUAACUAUUCCAAUUCGCACACCGAUGGCGAGCCAUUGCCUUUCAUUAGAGAGCACUUGCUUACGGCCUGAUUCUGGUUUCGAUACUUGUUCAGAGGGGCCAAUUCUUCGACAGAGCUUCAAUGGAAGUCCAUCAUGUCCACAUACGUCGACAUCCUCGCAAAGUUCUAGUCAGAAUUUGUUUUGCUCUCUCUGUAGUUCAUCUUAUUAUACAGUGGAGGAAAGAUUCACAUCCUUUGAUGACAAUGAUUCAUCUCGAGGAUCACUCAUCUCUUCAGCAUAUUUUUCAACAAGUUCAGAUGGACCCACAAUUUUCAGAGGAAACUAUGCACUUGAUGACGAGGAAGGAGACAUAACAAUAAUCGCAGAACAUCCGCAUAAGCAGAACAACCGCAAUGGUUCAAAGAGAUGGUCCAAAUUUGAACGAGAAAUCUCAUCGGACGAAGACGAAACCAUAAUUCUCAACAAAGUCCAAAUCUAA